CAUGGUCAUUCCGCCAUCUUGCAUCUUUAGGCUCARUWACUAGUUCAGAAAACUUUUGUUACRUCCUUGUGAUUUAUGUCUGUUAUCUCCUCAGUUCCCUACCUUAGAUGCGUUUUUUUCCCAAAAGCAUACGAUUGAGUUGAAAAUUUCAUUACCUAGGGUUACAGACUAUGGAGAAUUAACUUGGAGUGUCGAGAAAACGUAGUUGUCACGUUAGCACGUGCAAAACCAUCUUCAAAAGAUUUGUAACUUAUUUAACUUGAUUCACAAGAUGAAGAAAGGAAAGCAGUCGGGUAUUCCUACUGUUAAACAGAUUAAYGCUGAAACCAUAACUCAGUUGGGAAAAAAAUACUGGUUGCCUAAAGUUGAAAAAGCACCAUUUGAUCCUCAGGUUAUUGAAAAAGUCUAUUAUGAAGAAAUAAAGGGGAGCAAGUUUUCUGUGAGAAAAAUGAUGCUUUUGGAAUUCAGUCAAUAUCUCGAAAACUACUUGUGGCCCAGCUUUGACRCAGAAAAGGCAUCUCUAGCACACUUGAUGUCCAUCGUCUUAGUGGUGAAUGAGAAGUUUAGGGAAGGAGUUUCUUCUUGGCAGGUGUUCAAGGAUCAUCCAAAACAAUUUCCUGGGUUUUUACUCAGRGUGGUUGAUAUGUGUCUGAUUGACGAUGAAAGUGAAAUCUCUUUCAAGGAGCAAACAUCCCUUAUGAUUUUCUUGAUCCAUUGCUUCAAUAGCCUGGAAAUGGACCUUAUUCGGGAACAGAUUCAACACAUGGUUUCUAUUUCUAUCUGGAAUUGUCUUCUUCCUGGACGUCUUGAGCAGGAGCUGAAGGCAGUUCCAAAGUACAAAAAAUUCUGGAAUCACAUUAAGAAAAAGGAAAGCUCWCUGGAUGAAGAGACAAAACAAAACUUUUAGAYGUAUUGAAGUUUUACACAGGCUUUGAAAUCAAUGAUGUGACUGGAAUGCCACURACAGACCAUGAAAUGGUAGACAUUCAUUAUGACAAGAUGGGUUCUUUACAAAGAGCAGUGUUCAAGUACUUUCCAGAGCUACAAGAAUUUGCCAUGAGUAACAUUGCAGGGAUAGACACACGGGACUCACUUUUACAACACUUUGGAAAGCUCUCGGACAAGACUUUGAACAAUAUUGCUGUUUAYCUCAAGCUACUUGCUUCUCCUACUGACAGUCAUGCUGAAGAAAACAGAGARUUCUUGCUGGAAAUGCUGAUAUCAAGACAUGAAAGAAGGUUGUCUCAGAUUGACGCUAUAAAUGACAUGCCAUUGUACCCUACAGAACAGAUCUUAUGGGACGARAAUAUUGUGCCAACACAGUACUAUUCUGGAGAGGAUUGUCUUGCUCUCCCAAAACUUAACCUACAGUUCCUGACUCUCCAUGACUACCUUUUACGUAAUUUAAAUCUCUUUCGCCUUGAAUCAACAUAUGAAAUAAGACAAGAUGUAGAAGAUGUUGUGUCAAGAAUGAAGCCAUGGCAAAAUGAAGCUGGAAAAACAGAGUUUGCGGGAUGGGCAAGAAUGGGCACUAAAAUAGAAAACUUUACUGUAGUAGAGGUUUCCAAACCAAAUAUUGGUGAGAAUAGGCCAUCGCAAGUAAGAGCRGAUAUUACCAUCAACUUGUCCAUGAGAGAAGGAGUAAAAGGAGAAUGGGAAGGUCUCCGUAAGCAUGAUAUUGUGUUCCUUAUUACAGUCAGACCAACUCAAACUUCUUUCAGAUAUAARUAUGACAGGACAAAACCUUACAGAGAACAGUAUGGUCUAGAUUAUGUCAGAGGUGCAGAGAUUGAAGGAAUGUUGGAUGAACAAGGAAAGGUUAUAGAAGAUGGCCCUGAUCCUAAGCCUGAAUUCAAAGGAGAUAACCGYACAUUCCGUGUAUGGUUAGAUACUAAUCAAUAYCAGCAGGAUAUGGCUCUUACUGUCCAAGGAUCAGAGGAUGUGUAUGAGAGUUUCAAUAUUCUUAUGAGAAGAAAGCCUAAAGAGAAUAAUUUCAAGGCUGUGCUAGAAACCAUUCGGGAUAUGAUGAAUGCAGAAUGUGUGGUACCUGAGUGGCUUCAUGAUAUUUUUCUUGGUUAUGAUGAUCCUACUGCAGCUCAUUAUAGCAGAAUGCCCAACCAAAUAAAAAUACUGAACUUCAAUGACACAUUCCUAAAUUACCAACACCUGAUUGAUUCCUUCCCAAAGUAUGAUGUUAAGUUCAUGACUGAUGAUCUAUCAAAGAGAAUACCACCCUUCAGAAUAACAUUCCCAGAUACCAGUGCCUCAAAGAAGAGGAAACUUGAAGAAGAGAAGCCAAGCUCAACUAAGCAAGAAAUUGUUGUUGAGUCAUUCCAAGUGCCAAACAGAGGUCCUUACCCUUUCAACCAACCCAAGAGGUUGUUGGUCCCCCUGGUACUGGUAAGACAGAUGUGGCAGUUCAGAUCAUCUCAAAUCUCUACCACAAUUUCCCUGAACAGAGAACAUUACUGGUAACCCAUUCUAACCAGGCAUUGAAUCAACUCUUUGAAAAAAUCAUGGCACUAGAUAUUGAUGAGCGCCACUUGUUACGUCUUGGUCACGGUGAAGAAACACUUGAAACAGAGAAGGAUUUCAGCAGGUAUGGACGUGUUAAUUUUGUACUUGCGACAAGAUUGGAACUGCUCAAAGAAGUCCAAAGAUUACAGGAGAGUUUUGGUGUCCAUGGUGAUGUGUCAUACACAUGUGAGACUGCUGGUUAUUUCUACUUAUACCAGGUUGUUUCACGCUGGGAAGAAUACAAAAGCAAACUGAGGAGUGAGAAAGGAAAUGUGGCGGCAAUUGCUGAAUUGUUUCCAUUCAAAGAAUUUUUUUCUAAUGCACCACAGCCAAUCUUUAAAGGUCAGUCCUGGGAAGAAGACAUGGAAAUCACUGAGGGGUGCUAUCGUUACAUCAAGAAAAUAUUCCAACAGCUAGAGAGAACCUUGGUAAUCUACCACACGUCUUAACAUGGCCAGAGUACUGCGUAGAAAAUCCUGGAUUCCACUUUGAUUACCAGUUGAUAGACGUUCAGAACUUCAAUGGUGUUGGCGAAUCAGAACCUAACC